UUUAUCGAUGCUUGCACUGAUUGGUCUAUCGUUUUUCAAUCAGAUAAGAAGCCUUCUAAAUCAGCGAAGAAGAAGGGUAUUUCUUGUAUUUCGCUUUUUUUGUUGAUAGAACAUGCACGCCGAUUUUAUUUUGUCGUCUUUGGCCCAAUGGGCCAAAACUCAUUUAGCCACUUCUUCACUAUUAGUUGCUUUAUCGGUCGGAUGCUUUAUACACUGGGUAUUGAAUAAAUGGAGAGGAAACUUGAGAUUGCCUCCGGGUCCGUGGCUGAAUGUACCGUUUCUCGGAUAUUUGCCGCUGCUAGGAGCAGAUUUUGUCAAAUCGUUCGCCAAGUUGCAGAAGAAAUUUGGGCCUGUUUACAGAUUUCGAUUAGGCCAAAGAUCUGUUUUGGUAUUGAGUGACUUUCCUUCUGUGAAAGAAGCAUUAAACCAGAGAGCUUUUCUUGGUCGACCGCCCAAUCCCCCGAAUCACUUACUACAAGGUGCAACAAGUUUCAGUGUGAACAAUGGUAUUGUAUGGAGGGAACAGAAGCGAUUUGCUUUGCAUGUUUUGAGAGAUCUUGGUUUUGGAAAAACCCGCAUGGAAGUUCAUAUAAAGGAGGAAAUCGCUCACCUUGUCAGCGAGCUCGAAGAAUUCCAAGGCAAGCCCGCCAACGUCCGAAGAUACCUGGCCCCCAGUACUUCCAACAACAUCUCCGCCAUGGUAUUCGGCAGGAGGAUCGACUACCACGACCCGAUGCGGGUUGAGCUGGACCAGGUAAUCACAGAACUGAUCCGGUUCUUCCGACCGACGAGCCUCCACGCUUGGUUUCCAUGGCUGAAGAAGCUGCUCUUCAAGCUGAAACUGUUCGAUUACGACAAGCUGGAAUCGGCUAUCGAGAGACUCAUGGUGUUCAUCGACAAAGAAAUUGAUGAACAUCACUCAACAUUGGAUGCAAACUCAAUACGGGAUUACAUGGAUGGAUUUUUGCUGCAGAUGGAGCAGAGGAAAUACAAAGACCCGAAUACAUCUUUUACACGGGCUAUGUUGAAGGGCAAUGCACCCUCUUUAAUUGGUGCCGGAAGCACUACCGUCAGGGCGACCAUGGAAUGGACCCUGCUGACUAUGGCCCGGUUUCAGGAUGUCCAACGCCGCAUUCACGAAGAAAUCGACGACAUCAUCGGGCGUGAGAGGACCCCCAAUUGGUCAGAUCACACCCUUAUGCCCUUCACUGAAGCAGCCCUCAUGGAAGUUCAAAGGUGGAAGACUGUCGUGCCUAUCAACCUGCUCAGAUUUACUACAGAAGAUACCGAAGUAUCCGGGUACUUUAUCCCGGCUGGAAUGACAGUAAUUGUCAAUAUCCAUGCCGUGCACAAUGACCCGGACAUUUGGGGGGAUCCCCAUCUUUUCAAGCCCGAACGAUUUUUGUCUGCUGAUGGAAAAGAAGUGGUCAAGCGAGAAGAAUGGAUUCCUUUCACCUUAGGAAAAAGAGCCUGCCCAGGUGAAACAUUGGCAAACGUGGAGGUCUUUUUGUACGCCACCAGCCUGCUUCAGAAGUUCACCAUUAAGUUUCCAGAAGGCAAAGAACACAGCUUCGAGGGACGAAUUGGGGCAACUUUUGAACCUAUGCCUUAUGAACUGUGCAUGGUACCCAGGCAGUGAUGUCUGUUCCCCAUGAAGGCCAUACAUAUUACAAACGAACUUUUAAAAAAAGGGAACCCUCUUCAAAGUGACGUAAUUAACUAAGCAAUGAAAAGAUACACUAUAGAACUUCAAUCCCUUUCACACAACAUCUGGUUUUUGCAGUAUGCAUUUCAAUAUCAGUUCUGUGAAUUGAAAAAUACAGAAACUAAAAUUAAUGGCAUUCAAUUACUGUAUGAGUAAUAUACAAAAAAUAUAGAAAUAUUGAAAAAGAAGAAGAAAAAAUUGUAAUAAAAAGUAAUAAAUGAAUACAAAUAAAAAAAAUUAAAAUGCAGGAUUUUUUAACUCAAAUUUAAAAAAUCAAACUCAUUAUAAUUGUGUGAUGUAUGGCAUGUAAGUCAUCAGGGCCGUCCGAAAAGGGGGGCGAGCACACACAAGAGAAAAAAUAGAGCUGAGAUUCUCCUCUUUUUACUAAUUUUGCAGCACUAAAACUCGUAUUUUAUGCUAAUUUUCAGUUUGUAGUUGCUAAUUUUUGUUUCCACCUUUCUCGCCAUUUACAUAAUAUUUUGUAAGAGAAUCAUAUCUAUGGCAUCAUUCUGAUGAUGUAGAAAUUUGUUUUGCCUUGAUAGCUGUAAAAUUAACCGAGUUAGAUGCAUUUACGUAAAACUUGUUUUUAUUUUAAAAACGGCUACUAAGCAAACUUAAAAUGGCGUGCUGAAAAAAAAAAGUAUGAGCGUAAAAAAAUUUCUUUCAACACUUUUGAACUCACUUAGUAGUGAGAAAUAGCUGGUAAAAAGAAUAGGAAAAUCAAAAAUGUCGAGCAACACGGUCUGAGUGAUUUCUACUGGAUUGACCCUUUUCAUUAAUUAUUUUUGUUUGAUACUGCAUGAUGUAUUUUGUUUUAUUUGAAAAUGCAUACAUUUUAUUCACAUGCACAACAUUUCAUCA